CACAUGGCGAUAGUUGAGGUCUACCGAGCUAGGUGGCAGCCACCAGGCUGUCUGCGGUAUGCAAGAGUCCCGCUUCGACGAGACGCCUGCUUAGAUGUUUGCGCCUUCGGUAAUCUUUUUCUCUUCUUUUUCGCUCAACUGUAAAGAAUGUAAACGUUUUGGUUGCUCCUGAUUUUGCAACAAACCUUUGACAGACCCUCAAUGGAUCAACACGAAAAUGGCAUAGGCACCCCAAGUGGAGAUGAAGUCCCGCUGGACAAUCCAAACACGCAGGAUGUACAAGAGACGCGUCUGAUUAUCGGUCUGGAUUAUGGAACAACUUUUACUGGUGUCGCAUAUGCAACACCAAGCGGAGCACAAAUUUCCCUCGGAAAGAUCGACGUGAUAACAGACUGGGGCCCGAAGAUGGACAACCACGAGAAAGUCCCCAGCGUCAUCUCCUAUUCUCGGUCGAGCGAACGAAAUGAGCAGCAGUGGGGAAGUAGCCUCAGCCCGGAUGCUGUGGCUAUGGUUCACACCAAGCUUGAACUUGGGAUACAGAACGUACUCGGCGAACUGGAUAUGACAUUACAAGUUCUGGAUGGUAUGAACAACCUUAACUUCGACACUACAUUCAUGGGAAAGGGAAGCCAAGACCUUCCGCCAUACUCGCACAAGAGCCCAGAAGAGAUCGUGUCCGACUAUCUGACGAAAAUUUUCCAAUGGCUGGAGCAAGAGGUGGAGAAAUUCGACACGGUACUGCGUAAAUACACAGCUACCGAUAUAGUCGUCACUAUACCUACAGAGUGGUCUUACAUGGCCAUGAACUCUACCUUUCGAGCGCUAUCGAAAGCUGGCUUCAACAGAAGAAACUUCCCAAUGCUGGAGGACGUCUUAUUUAUCACCGAGCCCGAAGCUGCGGCUCUCUAUACAGCACGUCACUAUAGAGAUAGUAAGGGUGAAGACUUCUUACAAGAAAAACAGUACUUCAUCCUUUGCGAUGCUGGCGGAGGUACGGUUGAUGUAGUAUCAUAUAGGGUCCGAGCAUUGCAUCCGGUUCUACAGCUGGAUCAGAUUGGGGUACCUACCGGUCGAAAAUGCGGAUCGAUAUUCAUCAACCAAAGAUUUAAAGAAUGGAUCCGCUGGCUGCUCGGAGAUGAAGCGUAUCGGCAGCUUGACCCCAACCUGGACAUAGAGAGAAACGCGACUCAUGCAUCUGAAACCCCAGCGAUGAGAGCCUUGAUGAAGAAGUUCGAUGCACUGAAGAAGAACUUCAACAAUGAAUCCCGCGAGGUCCGCUUAAAUCUUCCUCCACCUCUGCAGAACCUUGUCAUACCGAAUAAGGUAGAUCAAGGGCUGAUAACAAUACCGAGGGUGGCAAUGGAACAUUUCUUCGACAAGUGUAUCAACGAGAUCGUUCAGCUGAUCAAGAGGCACAUCGCCAGAAUUGAGAGGUAUGGCAGUCGCCCAAAGAAUCUUUUCUUGGUAGGCGGCUUUGGUGAGUCCGAGUAUCUGCAAUAUCACCUUGAGGACACUCUGGUAGAGCAGGACUGGAACAUGCAGUUCCGACGACCUGAUGAAUCGUGGACAGCAGUUGUCCGAGGCGCAGUCGUCUGUGGCGUCGAAAAAGCUAGCAUCAAAAAUUUGCGAAGGACCAACGCAUGUCGCCAUAGUUAUGCCGUCUGUCUGGAUGAGUUGUUCAGCAGAAUGAACCACUCGGAGCAGGAUGCCACUCAGCUCAAUGGGCAGAACCUAGCCGCCUCACAGCUAAUCUGGCUGCUCAACAAGGGUGACCUCAUUCUCUCAGACCAGCCCUGCAAAGAGGAGAGGGAGUUUGACCUCAGACUGGCAAAACUAAGACAGGACGUCAUUGAGCUUGAAAUCUACCGCAGCACAAGCGAAGAGAAACAACGGCCGACCCGCUUCAGAAACGCCCGAGAUGAGCUCGAAGUAGCUUGCACUCUGAAGAUUGACCUUUCGAAGUUGCGAUUUGAGAGCAACCGCCCAGGCGUACUUCGCAAAAUUGGUACAACUACAGUCUACCAGACGACUCUGAAGAUCGUACUGGAGCUAUUCUGGGAUUCGCUAGAGGCAUCUAUCUGGUGGCAGGAUAAAGAGUUGACCAGAAGCCCUGUAGCAUACUAAUGUAGUUACUAGGGUAGCUGUUAAUGCUGACUAUGAACUGUUGUCUUGUUUACGCGCCAUUGUGAGCC